UAUGCGGAUCUGUUUGUCUGUACUCUGAUGGUCCGGGUCGUGUCACGGAGAAAGUCUGACCCGACCCCUCAAAGUUCCGGUAGUCGCACCGAGGGAUAUGAACACACGCGGGGACGAGGCGGGGCAGAGCUCGGGUUCUCAGGAGCCCCCAGGGGCCGCGGAGCCGGAGAAGAGACGGCCCGGAAGACCCAGGAAACCCCAGAAGGAGCCAAGUGGAGAGCCCGUCCCAAAGAGACCGAGGGGCCGCCCUAAAGGAAGCAAGAACAAGGGACCAUCCAAGGCAGCAACCAAGAAAUUUGAGGCGAGCUGUGAAAAAAGACCUCGAGGACGACCACGGAAAUGGCCUCAGCAAUCGGUCCAGAAAACUUCAGCUAAGGAAGAAGAAGAAAAAGAAGAAGAAGAAGAGGAUGCUGCAGAGGAAGAUUAAGCCUCCUCAUCGUCAUACCUCUACCUUAUCACCUUCAGCUUUUUAAAGGGAAACUCUGCACACACCGCUCCCUGUCAGUUUCUCCAUGUUUAUAUUUCCCUUAGAGGUCUGAUCUGUUAAUGAUCGGUGUCUCUCUGGUUCCUUGAUUCCCUGAGCAGCUACACGGAGAGGAUUGUUUUGAGGAUGACUCACACACGAAACCUCGAAGACAAAACUUCACAGACGAAACCUCACACAAGAAACCUCGCAGACGAAACCUCACACACGAAACCUCACGCACGAAACUUCACAGACAAAACCUCACAGACAAAACUUUGCAUACGAAACCUCAUACACAAAGCCUCGCAGACAAAACCUCACACAAGGAACCUCACACACGAAACCUCACAGACAAAACCUCAAAGAGAAAAACCUCACAAACGAAACCUAACAGACAAAACCUCACAGACAAAACCUCACACACCAAACCUCACAGACAAAACCUCACACACCAAACCUCACAUACCUAACCUCACAGACAAAACCUCACAGACAAAACCUCACAGACAAAACCUCACAGACAAAAUCUUACACACCAAAAUCUUACACACCAAACCUCACAGACAAAACCUCACAGACAAAACCUCACACACCAAACCUCACAGACAAAACCUCACACAUGAAACCUCACAGACAAAACCUCACAGACAGCUCCAUGACUGGCAGUAUAUUAUGAACCUCAUACCUACAGACACUGAUUAACCUCAGAAACAGGGAGAACAUAAAUAGGAUACCUCAGACAUGCUGACAGAGGAUCAUUACAUACAUUGAUUAACUGCAGGUAUCUCACCUGGUUUGUACUCAGGGUUUCAUUUGACGACACCUCUUUGAGCCUGCAGGUAAACCUGAAGGUUAACCCUCACUAAACCUGGUUAACCUUAACCAACCUUGGUUAACCCUCACUAAUCCUGGUUAACCCUCACUAAACCUGGUUAACCCUCACUAAGCCUGGUUAACCCUGACAAACCCUAAUUAAACUUCACUAACCAUGAUUAAACCUCACUAACCCGGGUUAACCCUCACUAACCCAGGUUAACCCUCACUAACCCAGGUUAACCCUCACUAACCCUGGUUAACCUCAACCGAUCACAGUUAACCCUCACUUAGUAUCGUCCAAUCAUAAGACAGCUCCCUCAUCAUGACUGUUUCUUGUGUACCUCUAUGCUGUAUCAUUUAAUCGCACAGGUCUUUGUUCUGGACUGAUAAACUUGAAUUUCCUGAUGCACACAGUGGUUUAUAAGAAGAGUGUGUGACUCGCGUGUUGUUGUUUAUGAGUAUCUCCAGGUGUUUGUGUACGACCUUUAUGAUGUUACCUCAGACGUACACUCAAACCUCAGAUGGACACAGAGCUACCUCAAGGGUUUGAUGACUGCAGGGUUAUGACCUUUUCCCAGGAGAGCAUCUCACUCACCUUCAGAGGGACAUUCAGGUUUAAACACUCCUCCUGAUGUUGUUUAUUUUAGACAUUAUGUGAUUAGUUAGUAGAUAUCAUGAUACUGUUAGCACACACACACACACACACACACACACACACA